GGCCUGGGCGUGGGCGGGGCCUGGGCGGGCAGGGGCGGGGCCGGGCGGGCGGGGCGGCGGGGCGCAGCCAUGUCGUUCUGCGCCUUCUUCGGGGGCGAGGUGUUCAGGAACCACUUCGAGCCGGGCAUUUACGUGUGCACCAAAUGCGGCUACGAGCUCUUCUCCAGCCGCGCCAAGUAUGAGCAUUCGUCUCCGUGGCCGGCCUUCACCGAGACCAUCCACGAGGACAGCGUGUCCAAGUACGAGGAGCGGCCGGGGGCUCUGAAGGUGUCCUGUGGCAAGUGUGGCAAUGGGCUAGGCCAUGAAUUUCUCAAUGACGGGCCGAAGAGGGGGCAGUCCCGUUUCUGAAUAUUUAGCAGCUCGCUGAAGUUCAUCCCUAAAGGCAAAGCAGAGGAUCCAAAGGAGAAGUAAGCGAGCUCCUCUACUCGGCACACUGCUCUUCAGCUGAUCCUGUGCUCACGCUUUGGGAUGGACUGUUGGGUCAACAGGGCACUUGGAGCAAAAGAAAACCUGCAGAAAAGAAGCUACUGGUUUCUGCAGGCCAGUUCUCUCCUCAGAGCUGCUCUGAGUCUGGGUGCUGGGGGGAGAGCUGUGGCCCUGGAGCACUGGGGAGGGGAGGGAAAAACGUGGUUGCUGGAGCUCUGCACUUGCUUGGGUGGUGGGUUGUGCGACCUGUGUCUGAGGUUACUGCACGUGCGUUGUACUGAUGCAAAGGCUGCAGCUCCUCGUCUUACCUGCCCUCACCAUCUUCUCAGCCGUCUGCUCGCUGAGACAUCCUUGCCUCUGCCAGGAUCAGCUCUUACUGAAUCCCUUUUGUUUUGUCCCUUUGGAAGCAGCACGUGUGCCUGCAGUCCUGGCUCUGCUGGGCUCUGUGGCAGUUCUGCUGUCGAGUGCAGCAGGGCCAGGACUCCCCCGAACCCGCAGCCAAGGGGGGCAGAUUCUGAUCCGUCACCAACUGCAAUCCAGUGUCACUCCGCUGCUGCUUCCAGGGAGUGACACUGGAUUAACGGACAUCAGAACCUGGGUUAGUCUCUGGGUGCUAUUCUGGGCUGGGAUCAUGGCAUGAAUUGCCCUAUGUAAACCCUUCCAGGAUGAUAGGGCAAGGAUGAUUUUAUGAUCCUGCUAGACAAAAUCCAGGUAUUUUACCCUUUUACCACAUCUUGCACACAGUAGAGAGAGUUCUAGAUUUAUUGUGUGUUCUCUGGGCUGGAUUCUGGCCUUGCCUCACACCACACCUAUUACUGUGUCAAACUCCAGUGGUGUUAACGGUUCUUCUUUGCUUGCACUGGUGCGAGGAAGGCCAGAAUCAGGCUCACUGACUGCAGAUUGCACAACUCAGGCCUUGGGAAUCACGUGUUUGAAUGUCCUUUGCACUCGGAAGGGCUACGACAUUGAUUUCUCCUUCACUCAGCGUGUGAUUCUUGGCUUUCCCCAGCUGCCCCUGUUUGCUCGCUGCCCAGAAACCAAAUUCUCCUCUCUGAAAUCAAUGCAUAAGGAUACGGGACCAGAGUGCCAGGACGUUCUCUGCUCUUCCUUGGGUCUUUUGUCCUGUUCCUCGUGUAGGGCCAGACCUUCCCCUGCUCUGUUACCUUGCAAACAGGCAGGAUCCGGCCCCUCGGUAGAGCUGGUCUUCGGUUACAGACGUGCACGAAUGGGUGGCGAGCCCCCUGUGACCACGGCGAGCCUUCUGCUGACCCGUGGCUCCAGGACUACGACGCGCGGGUGGCGUGUAAAGCCGUGCCGCCAGCAGCACCGCGGUCCAGCUGCACUCAGGGCACUUUACAGGCUUUUCUCUUCACGUGUUUUGCCUCCUCAAAGCCCAUCCGGGCUGGAGGGGAUGAGGACACGGACAAACGGAGCAACACAUCUGCUCAUCACCUGGCGUUCACUGCGAAUCUUGUACCUCUUUAAAUACUGAAAAUAAAACACUGAUUCACUGUG